CGGCUCCUGAGUGGCACAGUCGGUCACCCUUGGGGGGGUCCCCUUUGGGGGUCCCCGGUGCAAGAUUUGGAAGAAGUUUCCCGACUCUUCAGCAUCAAAGCAUUUCCCCCUCCAGCCUGGUCCGGGGCUGGGCACCCCAGCAAAGCGUUCAGUCACCGGUGCAGAUCUUGCAGCCCCUGAACCCUCGGCCCUGUGAGCAGAUGGAUGUAGUGGCAGCCAAAUACCUUGCUUCUCUCUGAAUUCCAGUUUCACCAUUUCAAACCGCAGGAGAUAACGCAGGAGAUUUUGAGUAAAUAAAUGGUUGCUUUAACAGGGUCCACACUCAGCGGUGCUUGGGGACCAUGGUUCCUGCACAGCUGUUCCUGGCAAGGCCCCAACCCAUGGGGCACUGUGCUCUGCUUGCAGGGUCUCUCCUGCCGUGGGCAGCCCCACAGCUGCUCUCUGUCCGUCAGAAAUGCUGCGCCCAGCGUCGGGAACCCCCAAGGAAGAAGCUGGUCUCUGAGAAGAAGCUGAAGAGGUAUUUUGUGGACCAUCGGCGAGUGCUAGUUCGGGGGGGCCACGGAGGACACGGGAUGAGCUGCUUCCACAGCGAGCCCCGGAAGGAGUUCGGUGGCCCGGAUGGCGGCGACGGUGGCAAUGGCGGCCAUGUCAUCCUCUUAGCCAACCAGCAGGUCAAGUCGCUGGCAUCAGUGCUGUCCCAGUACCGAGGCUUUGACGGGGAGGACGGCAGCAGGAAGAACUGUUUCGGACGCUGUGGACCUGUACUCUAUGUGAAGGUCCCCACAGGCACCUUGGUGAAGGAACAAGACGUCGUGGUGGCCGACCUGGCACGCCCAGGCGAUGAGUACGUGGCUGCCCUGGGUGGCGCAGGCGGAAAGGGCAACCGCUUCUUCCUGGCCAACGACAACCGCGCACCAGUCACUUGCACACCUGGUCAGCCUGGGCAGGAGCGGGUCCUCCUCCUGGAGCUCAAGACCCUGGCACAUGCCGGCCUGGUGGGGUUCCCCAAUGCUGGCAAGUCCUCGCUCCUCCGGGCCAUCUCCAAUGCCAGGCCUGCGGUGGCUGCCUACCCGUUCACCACCCUCAAGCCCCACGUGGGCGUCAUCCACUAUGAGGACCACCAGCAGGUCGCAGUGGCUGACAUCCCUGGCCUCGUACGUGGUGCCCACCAGAACCGAGGCUUGGGCUUUGCCUUCCUGCGUCACGUGGAGCGUUGUGGGGUGCUGCUAUUCGUGCUGGACCUCUCGGUGCCCUCGCCCUGGACUCAGCUGGCCGACCUCAAGUUUGAGCUGGAGCAGUAUGCAGAGGGCCUGUCCCAGAGACCCCACGCCAUCGUCGCCAACAAGAUCGACCUGCCGCAAGCCAGAGCCCAGCUGCCCGAGCUGCAGGCCCGCCUGGGGCAUGCAGUCAUUGGCCUGUCGGCCACCACUGGGGAGAACCUGGAAACACUGCUCCAGCGGCUGUACCAGCUGCACCGCCAGCACCAGGCCACUGGGCACGGGUAGCCUGGGGCCGUGGGGUGCAUCAGCGGGGCUGCCAGAUGUCAGGAGCCUGGACAGGACUUGUGGACACUCACGUGCACCUCUGCUCCUUCCUGAGUACUGCCAGGUCCCGGUGAGCGAGGCACACGGUGCUCUCUGGGCCCCCUCCCGCCGCCCGGGCCAAGCACGUUACGACUCAGUGCACCCAAUAUCCGAGGCUGGCGCCGGGCGUCCGGCCCAUUAUUAACUCACAAGGCAGGUGCUGGGCGUGGUGAGGACACGGGGUUCACCCGCACUGCCAGGUCUGGAUGGGGCCGUAGACCCAGCUGCUUCCGGGCACCCACAG